AGUGGCGGCGGUGGGGGGCAUGGCGCCGCGCGGGGCCUGAGGGCGACGGCAUGGCGGAGCGGCGGCGCGGCGUGCAGCGCCUGGCCGUGCUGCAAGAGCUCCGCGCCUCCUACGGCAUCAAGGUGAAGGGCGGCAGCUGCCCGCCGGCCGCCAAGACGGACGGAGCGACGCCCGGGGAGGUAGGGGGGCGGCAGCGCGGCGGCGGUGGUCUGAGGGAGGGUAAGAUCUUUGGAGUAUCUUUUCAUGCGUUACCACAAUCACUUGUGCCAGAAUAUGGGUAUAUUCCCAGCUUUCUGGUUGAUGCCUGUGAGUAUCUGGAAGAACAUAUUCAUACUGAAGGACUCUUCAGAAAAUCUGGAUCUCUUGUUCGUAUAAAAGCCUUAAAGAGUAAACUGGAUCAAGGUGAAAACUGCCUCUCAGCUGCACUACCGUGUGAUGUUGCAGGGCUUCUUAAGCAGUUCUUCAGAGAGCUGCCAGAACCCAUCCUUCCACCUCAUCUGCAAGAAGGCCUUUUCAAAGCUCAGCAGCUAGGAAAUGAGAAGAAAACUGCAACUAUGUUGCUUUCGUGUUUAAUGACAGACAGAACAAUUGAAGCUUUGCGGUUCUUUUUCAGAUUUUUGAGAAAUGUGUCCCUAAGAUCCAAUGAAAACAGAAUGGAUAGCAGCAAUUUGGCAGUGAUUUUUGCUCCCAACCUCUUGCACACAAAUGAAAGUGAAAAGAUGUCAACCACCACAGAAAAAAAAAUUCGCUUGCAGGCUGCUGUUGUGCAGACAUUUAUUGAUCAUGCAGAAGAAAUCGGACAGGUACCAGAAUUCAUCUUGGAAAAGAUUCCUGCAAUGUUAGGUGUUGAUGCCUUUCAGUCUACUCCCUCAUUGAGGGGCCAUGAAGACAGUGAAAAUGAAUCUCCCAGUGAAUGUAAGAGGAGGAAGCACCGAAGUGUUGGGGAUAUUGUUAGUGGAGCAUUGAAUAAAUUUAAAUCUAACAGAACACCCUCCACUACCCCUCAGCAAGACAGAAGCGUCCUUUCGUCAGUGACUCCUGUGGUUCUUACUCCAAGUACCAAGCGUAAACUUCCAGCUGAUUGCUCUCAGGGCUUGUCCAGCAAGAAGAGGCGAUCUUUUAAGCAUAAUUUUGCUUUUGAGUUAUUACCAAGUAGCAUUUUUAACAGCAGCUUGACACCAGCAUCAGUUCACUUUGAAGCAAGCCCUUCUGUUUCUCUUGAGUCAUCUCAAACCUCAUUAUCUCCUUCAACUGGUGGUGAAAAUCAAUUGUCUAGUACAGGGAACAGAAGAAGUAAAAGACUUGCGAACAAAAAGUUAUACAGGGCUGAAUCGGGAAAAACAGGUUGUUUUUCUCCAAAGAUUAGCCGAAAGGAGAUGGUUCGUAGGUCAUUACGCUUGAAGUUUGGUUUGGGGAAAAGCAACAGAGAUAAUAUUGUAUCAGGAUGUGCAGUUGGUAAUAGAUCUGAAAAUAUUGGAAGGCGUCUCGCAAGUCAACAAGGUUUGGAAAGCAGAGAUGAAUGUGCAAAAAGAGAUGUACUCUUCAGUCCAUACAUCAGUGAAAAAGUCUGUAGGAAAGGUUCAAAGAAUGUGAGCAAGUCAGAAGAAAACUUGUUAACUCCAAAAUGCCGUGAUAAAGUAGUUUACAGAAUGUCGUGGAAUAGUCCUACUGUUACAGAUUCUCAGGAGAUCAGCAGCAAUGAGGGAAUUUUGCCAGGACACGCUGAAACAGGAAACAGUUCUUCAGAAUCUGCUUUCAUAUUUGGAAAACCACCAGUUGUUCCAGAUGAACACAGACCCACAGCUGUAGACAAACAAGACAACAGGUUAAAACUCUGUGAAGAGGAAAGUAAUUUGACUGCUGAAACAUUACUAAAAGUUAAACAAGCCUUCUCUGAAUCUGGAAGUAAUCUUCACAGUCUGAUAGCUGAUACAAAGUCGUCUUUCUCAAAUGUACCAGGUGAAACAUUAGGUGAAACUCUGUGUCUCAGGAGGCUCAGUCCAGAGACAGAAUUGGCAGCUGAAUUUUCAGGAAGUCUAGCAACGGCAGACUCCAGAGAGCUGUUCCACCAACAGAAUCGAUCUUAUGCUAUUGAUAAACAACAAUCAAACAAAGAUGCAAGUAAAAUUUUGGAGAAAAGAAGCUUCAAAACUUCUAUUGAGAUUGAACUUCAGGUCCAAAAACCGGACGUAAAAAAUGUAAUAGAACAACUUCCUGUGCCACAAGCACAGGCCAGGGAAGAUGAAUCGACUGUUCAGAACCAUCCUGCAAAAGAUGGCAUAAACAAAUUAGAUUCCUUUGGAAGAAAAGAGGAAGUAGAGUUAACACAUUCACAAACAGCUGAAAACUGUAUAUUAAAAUGCUGUAAUUUAGAAGAAAAUACUGCUAAACUUUCUGGGUCAGGACAGCUUCCUGCUUUGCAGUUGCCUAGAUCAGGAAAUGAAGUAGGCAACCAAGACUCGCAAGCUGAAAACUCUGAUAAAACUUCAACUAAAACAACGUCUGUUUCUGACCACGGAAAGGUUUCUGACCACAUACAAUGGUUCAACAAGCUUUCCUUAAAUGAUCCAAGUUCUGCAAGCAAAACUAAACCACCUCUUAAAUUCCAGCGUACUCCUGUUCGACAGUCUGUAAGAAGAAUAAAUUCCUUAUUGGAGGCUAACAGAAGAUCUGUAAGCUCUCAGAUGGUUAGAGGUAAUGAUGUUGGUUCACCACUUGUUAAAUCUUUGAGCUGUGAUUCUGCACUCUCCUUCUGUGCAGAAAAGCCCUCUAAGAAUUCCACAGCUUUUUCACUCAGGAGUGAAAGUACAUGUGACCAAGCUUCUACAUCUCAUAGUCAGCUUGACUUAACAUCCAAAUCAUGUCGUAGAUGUCUAAAUCCAUCAGAUAAGCCUGAUGUUUCUGUAAGAACUACUGGAAUCUACGAACAGAAAGUGACUGUUCUUCCAUCAAAGUCUGUUCUAGAAGAUCUAACCAAUCAUGAAACCCUGAAAUCGAGUUUAAAAGCUAAUGCAGAUGUAAGUAUUCCGGGUUUUGCUCCAGAAAAAACUACUGUUGCAAGAAGUGCUCCAGGAAAAGAAAAAAUUCGUUAUAGAGGCUCUCCAAAGAAUCCGAUAUCUAAAGCGAAACUGCUACCAACUGCAAAACCAGUAGACUUAUAAGUUUUAAUAUGAUUGCUAAAUGGGCUUAUCAUAACUUGGUUAACCUUUGGAAAAACUAAAUUUUUGUUUUCUGAUUUACAAGUUAUAGACUUGUACAAAUAACUGUUUUGGUACAAAUAACAAUUUUGGUUUUGAGUUUUUUUUUUAGUUAGGCUUUUUUGUAACUGCUAGUUCACCCAAAUGGAUUUGAUUUUUUUUAAGCCUGUUUUUACAAAUGUUUGCAUUAAAGCUCACACUUGAUUACCUCAGCUUCUAAAAGCAUGCUGCGUGUCCCAAAACAAUUUCUGCAGCGUUUAGACAUAAUACCAGUUCACAAAAAAAAUCUCAGACAUUUAAACUGAACAGCUGUGAAGAAAAGACUUGAUGAUGAAUCUUGGUACAUUUGUUUAUAGUUUCAAGUGUAUUGUAGCGCUACUCUGAUAUUUAAGUUGGACCUUACACCAGCUGUACUUCUUCUGAGACAUUUUUAAUUUCUAUUGGAGUGAAGUGGGAGCACAGUUUCUUUGUUAAGUAAAUGAACCAUAUUUUGAUGUGUACAAAUACUGAAAAUAUGCUGUUUAUUCAAGCAAUGAAAGUCUUAAUAUUUCAUCAGGUGAUAUGUUCUGCAAUACGUACUAUGUAUCUUCAGUUGUGAGCAGUGAAAUGUUUUAGUACAAAAAGAUAGUCUUAACUUAUUUUUAGAGCUGUAUGAUAGUGUGAACUAGAUGGUGCAGAAGCAGAGUUUAGAUGCUGAUUAUGUUGCAAGGGAGAUGAAUGUAAGAAGCCAUAGUCUGUUAAAAGUUGAUUUGCACAAGCAAAUGUUUACAUCUUUUGGAAUGAAAACUGUUUGUCAUCGGUUGUAAAAUUAUUUAAGAGUAAACACUUAAACUGUUAGCUUUCUGUACGUGCAAAUUCUUUAUUGGCAAAAUACAAGAGCUGAAAGCACUGGAUACUUUUGGUUUUAAUAAAAACCAAGGUUUUUUU